AUGGAAAACUACAACCAGUUAUUACUUCAACAAUUGAACCCAUUGUUGAGGAUACACAUUGACCCCACGAUAGUAAACACCAAUGAGGUUGCAACUCUAUUGACCCAAUUUGAAUUAUACAAUGUCAAGAAUAAAGUAUGGGAUAACAGUGCCAUACGAAAUCGAUUAACUACACCCAAGUACAUUUUAAGUAUAGACCAUGAUGAAGCUGAUAUUGAGAUACCCAAGCGAGAACAAUUAUCCAAGCAGCAUUCGUUGAUAUCGCCCUUUAAUCAAAAUUCACUUUUGUUUCCCAAUGGGAUUCUAAAUCAUCAAUGGUUUGAAAAAUACAUAACCAAGUUCCCCUUUGCAAUGAUAUACGUUUGUGAGUUGGAUGGAGCUGCAAAAGAUGUUGAGUUAGUGAUUAGUAUGAAGAAAUUGAAAUUGAAAUUGGAAGAGAUUGAUUGUAAAUUGGUUUUGUUGUUGAUUACGCCGCAACCAAUAGACGAAGAACGGAUGAAUAUGUUUAGAGCCGAAUUGAAUUUCCCUAAACCGCAUUUUUUAUUCAAUUUAUCCAAGCAGCAUCAUCCGCUGAAUACAACAUUGCAACUGGAUUGCGAGGUCCUUGUCAGUAAAAUCUUGUCGAGUUUAACCAAGACAUCGCAUGAUUACUAUGCCAAUUUGGAAUACAAGUUGAAACAACGAUAUAAAAAGUCGUAUGAUGUGCCACCAGCUGAUGGUAUCGACACUUCAAUUGAACUCACUCCCAAGUUUCUCGAGAUCCGCAAUUUGAUUAAGCAGGCCAUGAUUUUACAAUUUAUGCAGCCUUCGAAUUUAGAACCAGGGGUUAAGUUGUUAGAAAUUGCCUACCAGGACUUGAUCACCCUACUUGAUGGAAUAUACGCGGUUAAUCUACUGGAUCAUGAUAAUAUCAUCAUUGGCCAAUCCAUGACAUUAUUGGAUAUUAUUGCCUUUCAUAUUGUGCGGGGAUAUUUCGCCAUUGAAGAGCCAAUCAAAUCACUACGUAAACACAAGACGCAUAUAAUCAAUGUUGUUGAAGUAUUGAAACGAGACCAUGAUUGGAUUUCGGUUCAGUAUGAAUGGUUGGCCCAAUUGAUGCAAUUGAUCCCGUAUUCAAUUAUUACAAAUUUGAACACGACGGCGGUUUUGCAAAUGAAGGCGAAGCUGAAGAAUGCCAAUACAUUGGCUAUGAUGUAUCAUUUUGGCGGCAUACAUACUCCUGAAUUUGACUUGGUUUCCAAUCCAGGUCUCGUGCUAGUCAAGGCUUAUGAAAUGAGUAGUCAUUCGGAAAAAAGGGUCAAGUUGUUGCAAAGUGCCAUUGAGACGUUGGAAACUAAUCAACUGAAUGCGUUGCAUAAAUCUCUGGUUUCAGGACAAGACAAUUUGGAUUCUUUGUUGUCAUAUCUUACUUGGCUAAUUGGUGAAGAAUAUUUCCAGAAUGGUGAUGUGAAGCGUGCUUCUGAUUAUUUUGAAAUGGCUUAUAGCUCAUUAGGACUGGCCAAGUGGGGCAAUAUAAGUUAUUUCUUAUUGGGAAAAUUGUUGCAGUGUUAUAGCAAAUUAGACAUGAAGAAGCAGGAGUUGAACACGAUUUUGAAAUUGAGUACGAUACCAAAACUGCUUAUGCAUGACACAUUGAUCCAUUGCAGUACCGAUGUGCUUGAAUUGAAUCCUGAUCUGGAAUCCAAGAUAAUAGAAUUGGAUAUUUUGGACUCUAAAUUACACGAGUUGUUUGUAAUUGAUGCAUUGUUGAUCAACAAAACACUAUCUCAUGAAACUACCGUUGAUGAUGAUGUGUUGAUUCAGGUUGAUUUGCGUACCAAAUUGAAUUUGGAUAUGUUGAAACUGCUACUUCCUCAACUGACUGAAAUUAGAAUAUUAGUUAAUCAAAUUGAUGUUUCAUUCACGAGAGGUGAUGGUGAUGUAAGGGGAACAGUAUUGCCAGGGUUGAAAAAUAUAUCAGUGACUAAUGACGCCACAAAGGAAAGGCCUAGUUCCAAUUUGAUAAUAUUAAAUGGCCAAGAAUUAAAUACUGCAUUUGUUGAUUCGGCAAACUUGACCAUCGAUUCGCCAUCGCUUUCACCAAUCACUAUACAACAAGUGCAAAAAGUGACUAGUUCAGGAAAUUUCCAAAUUGACGUAGUCAAAUUGCAAAUCACUAUUGAAUUAAAGCAUGGCGAUGAAGUCAUUCGAUUGAAUAAAAUUGAAUUACAUCAAUCGUUUCCCCAUGCCCUUAGUCGACAGUGUAAGAUAAAAUUGGCCAAUGGAACAACCAAACCAAUUCGACUUGGCAGUGAUGAAACAUCAGCAUCAGCAUCAGCUUUGGCUCAUCAAUUGGUUGUAUCACCGCCCAAACCUGAUUUCAAACUCCACUUGCUCAACGAAGUUGAUUGUUAUAUUGUUGGUGAACGAUUAUCAAUUCCCUUGAAAUGUGAAUUUAGUAACAUAACCAUUUUUCAAAAGGCAGAUUUAAUUGCUGAUGUUAAACGCGGUGAUGUUGUUGUUACCUGGGACAAGUUGAAGGACGAAGAGCCGCUUGAUUUAAAGGCGGAAGCGAAUGUCAAUGGAGGAGAGCAUAUGUUGCAUGUAUAUGCGAGAAAUUGGUCUGGUGAAGCUAUGAGUAUUGAAGUAUCAUUAGCUGUGGUUCAUAAUGGAGAAACGAAAGAGAAAGUUGCAGACGAAGAACGAGAAAAAGAAAAAGUGGAUGCAGAUGUUGCAGAUACAGAUGUGGGUGACGCUUCACUUGUGUAUAAAGUGUUUGAGCUUAAAUUGCCAGUCAUUCCAGAGCCCUUCAAGUAUCAUUAUUACAUUAGUCCUUGUUUAGAUGAAAGGUGUCUUUUGGAAAGUAAAGAUGAACAAACAAAGGAACCGUUUCCUCCUUUACUGUUGAGACAGUGGAGAGGAAAGUUGCGACUUGUUGAUCAAUAUGGAUUAAAAUUUGAAUCAUAUACCAAAAUUGGUAGUAGUGGAGGUAGUGCUAUUGGUGGUGCCAGUCGAGAUGGUGAUGAAGAAGAAGAGGGAAAUAAACAAACAAAGUCAUUACAGGUUGUUGAUGUAGACUUUGAUAUUGUUUCAGGACUUGCAGAUUUGUCAUUGACUGUAAUGGAGAAAGAGGGCAAAUAUGACCAAUUAUUUACUACACAACUCUCUUCGCUGGGAAAGUUGUAUCGAAAUGCACAAAUUAUAACGUCAAUGACUGUGAAGUGGAAACGUUCGGGGGCCGAUGUUGCCAAUGAUGAUGAUGUGGUGAAUGAGUUUCCUAUAUCGGAGUGGAAAGUGUCUAUCCCUCUAUUCGACCCACGAGUCUUUGUUUAUAUUGAAAAAUACUCAGCGGAUGAUGGUGAUGGUGAUGGUGAUGAUAGUGACGAUGAUUUGUUCAAGUUCUAUUAUGUAAUUGAAAAUGCAAGUGUUCAUGUCUUGACUUUUGUUUCAGAAUUGACUAAUCUUGGUCAAGUAUGGGAACUUGACACAUCUUCUACAGGAAAAGAAGCAGAAAAAGAAGCAGAAAAAGAAGAAGGUGGUGGCGAUGAUGCACAGAGUUAUGCCAAUUCCAAGCCAUUUACAAUGGAACCCAAUACUCGUAAAAUUAUUCAAUUUCAAUUAAAGAAGGAAAAGCAGAACCUGAGGCAACUGGCUAAAGAUGGUAAUGCAGCUGUACAAUUGCCUACAUUCAAGCUAUUCGAUGUAAAUUAUAAAGUGUACUUGUAUGUGGUUCCAACUCAGCCCAAUGUCAAGUUAAAAGAUGGAAAUUUAUAUCUUCUAUAG